AAGUGCGCGGCGGAGGCGGUGGUCGGUCCCCUCCCUCCCUCCCCAGGCCUGGCUUCGCGGAGGAGGCGGCGCCUCUCCCGCAGGGCAGAGCCGCCCGAGCGGCGCGCAGUGCGGGGCGGCAGAGGGCAGGCGGGGGGCGCCGCGCUCGGGGGCCCGGGCGGUGACUGACGGCGGCGGCGGCGGCGGUGGUGGCGGCUCCAGGCGAGCGCGGUCCCCGCGUGCGCACACGCACACGCCGCCGCGCAGGGACCGCGGACACCGGCCGCCCGCGGACACACGGACGCGGAGAGGCGGGCUCGGCGCGCGCUCCUCGGCGGACACGCUCCCCAUCCUCGGGCGGCGCGGGGCGCGGACUCUCCGCUGUGCGCCCUCCCCGCGGAGUGUGCCCCGGGCCGCCCCGCAGCCCGCAGCCCCGCGGCGAGGCCCGGUUGUGAGCAGCCCAUAGACACCGUGGGGCUGGCGAGCGGCUGCUCUGAGCGGGAGGCAAGCAUAGCUGGCCUGAGUCUCCGUCCGGACUGAGAAGCAUCAUGGCCAGCAUCUUGCAGGCCUCCCUGGCUGCUUUCCUCCUGCUGCCUAUGGCCACCGCCAUGCACUCUGACUGCAUCUUCAAGAAGGAGCAAGCCAUGUGCCUGGAGAAGAUCCAGAGGGCAAAUGACCUGAUGGGCUUGAAUGACUCCUCCCCAGGCUGCCCUGGGAUGUGGGACAACCUCACGUGUUGGAAGCCUGCCCAUGUGGGCGAGAUGGUCCUGGUCAGCUGCCCUGAAUUCUUCCGAAUCUUCAACCCAGACCAAAUGUGGAAGCUAGAAACCUUUGGAGAGUUCGAUUUCCCUGACAGUAACUCCUUGGAUCUCUCAGACAUGAGGGUGGUGAGCCGGAACUGCACAGAGGAUGGAUGGUCAGAGCCCUUCCCUCAUUACGUAGAUGCAUGUGGGUUUGAUGACUAUGAUGAAUACGAGCCCGGGGACCAGGAUUAUUACUACUUGUCAGUCAAGGCCCUGUACACAGUUGGUUACAGCACAUCCCUUGUCACCCUCACCACUGCCAUGGUCAUCCUUUGUCGUUUCCGGAAGCUGCACUGCACGCGCAAUUUCAUCCACAUGAACCUGUUCGUGUCGUUCAUGCUGAGGGCCAUCUCUGUCUUCAUCAAAGACUGGAUCCUCUACGCAGAGCAGGACAGCAACCACUGCUUCAUCUCCACCGUGGAAUGCAAGGCUAUAAUGGUUUUCUUCCACUACUGUGUCGUGUCGAACUACUUCUGGCUGUUCAUCGAGGGUCUGUACCUCUUCACCCUGCUAGUGGAGACCUUCUUUCCUGAGAGGAGAUACUUCUACUGGUACACCAUCAUAGGCUGGGGGACCCCAACUGUGUGUGUGUCUGUGUGGGCUAUGCUGAGGCUCUACUUCGAUGACACAGGCUGCUGGGAUAUGAAUGACAACACAGCUCUGUGGUGGGUGAUCAAAGGCCCUGUGGUUGGCUCCAUAAUGGUUAACUUUGUUCUCUUCAUUGGCAUCAUCGUUAUCCUUGUGCAGAAACUUCAGUCUCCGGACAUGGGAGGCAAUGAGUCCAGCAUCUACUUAACAAAUUUAAGCCUGAGAGUCCCCAAGAAAGCCCGAGAGGACCCCCUGCCUGUGCCCUCAGACCAGCAUUCACUCCCUUUCCUCAGCUGCGUGCAGAAAUGCUACUGCAAGCCACAGCGGGCUCAGCAGCACUCCUGCAAGAUGUCAGAACUGUCCACCAUAACUCUACGGCUAGCCCGGUCCACCCUGCUGCUCAUCCCACUGUUUGGAAUCCACUACACGGUAUUCGCCUUCUCCCCGGAGAAUGUCAGCAAGAGGGAGAGACUUGUGUUUGAGCUGGGGCUGGGCUCCUUCCAGGGCUUUGUGGUGGCUGUUCUCUACUGUUUUCUGAAUGGCGAGGUGCAGGCGGAGAUCAAGCGUAAGUGGCGGAGCUGGAAGGUGAACCGCUACUUCGCCGUGGACUUCAAGCACCGGCACCCGUCCCUGGCCAGCAGUGGGGUGAACGGGGGCACCCAACUCUCCAUCCUGAGCAAGAGCAGCUCCCAGAUCCGCAUGUCCGGACUCCCGGCUGACAACCUGGCCACCUGAGCCGGUCCUCCCCUCCUUCUCUCCUCCGUACACAGGCUGGGGCUGCAGGCGGGCGCCGGCCCACGCAUGUUCAGCUUCUUUUCUCACUUCGGGCAGGCCCUGGGCUGGAGGCCGGGCUCCCCGAGGUGGGAGAAGGAUGCAGGGCGAACCCGGGUAUUGCCCCUCCCCAUCUGGCACUGUCCCCCCACCCCCAUGGGCCCCUGGGCCCUGAUCCCAACCUGUAAAUACUCCACCAAUUUUGAAAAGUUGUCUUAUCCCCACCCCCUGACCACCUCAGGCAAGUCCCCAGCUUCACCCUAUCCUGUUUCCACCAGCCUUAGUGAUCUCCUUGCCCUUGUGAAUGAGGCCUUGUGAGCUGAGGCUGACAACCUUGCUUUGGAGGGGGGCGGUUAGGGAGGGGCCUGCCCGAGAGCCCCCACAGUGUCUGACUUUCAGUGUGGACUCCUUGAGUCUGCUCACCACCUGAGGCUCUUCUCAGGCUGGGCCCAGUCCCUGAGGCGUGCCAGAGAUCCAGCUUGGGUGCUCUGAGCAUCCUUUAGUGGAGGUGAGACCUGAGCCAAGACUCCCCCAUCCUUCGCCGCCAGCACCCUGGAGUCCAGGUGCCCAGCUCCUGGUGUCAGGGCAGUGGACAGCUCCAGGGCUCUUCCAAUCAGAGACUUCAUUUUGGGUGUGGGGCUCAGGGUCCCGGCAUGUUCUGGUGCUCUUCAUUUGGUAGAAGAAAAAUUGCCAAGAUCCAGCAAUGUGGAUGUGAUCGGAAAGGAGAUGGAAAGAGUUUGGGGGCCCGUGGAAGAAGACCUUCACUGGCUCCAUUACUUCGCUCCCGACUCGAGGUGGGCGGGGGUUCCUCGGGUAGCCUCCCUUCUAUGCUUCCCAUCCCUAGGCAUCAGCUGCGGGAGGUGAGAGACUCAUGCCUCAGAGAGACUGCUUCCCACCCCUACCUACCACAAGGAGCCCCUAAGCCCUCCCCCUCCUCAUUUCUCCUCAAGUCAAAGCCAUGAAUAGGAUGAACCAGCCGCCUUCCUGUGAUGUCAAUGAAUCCCAAAUCACCUUACCUCCUUGCGCCCGAGUCAGGGCCCUCAUAACUCCCCUCCCCCCCACCCUCAUGGACAAUGAGAGGCCCCGGCCAUCAGUUCCUUGGGCUUGAGCUCAGCUACUGAACUAUCUCUGAGACCUUUGCAAAGACUUCCCUCUGUGUAUUCUUGACAUUGAAUCACCACAGAUGCUACAGUGGCCUAGGAUGUUGGGAGGAGAACCAUACCCACCGUGCCUAUUAGAAGAAGCCACAGAUGGAAGGCAUGGCAACUCCCCAGCUCCCGUUGUGGUUCUCCAGUUGCAAGUUGCUUGGCCACAGUCUAAGAAUUCAAAAUGGUGUAGAACCAGAUUGUGAGGGAAGGUGGGAGAAAGUGCUAGAGUGCCGUGGCCCAUGUGGGGGGGCCCAUUUCAUUCCAUGUCAACUUUUGGUGUUGUUCCUGUCCAAGUGUGUUUGCAGACUUGUUUCGUGAUCAUGUUCUGGAAUGCUUAGGGAACUUGGGUGGAGAGGGAAUGUUGCUUCGCUUGUUUUUAUGAGGAGCGCAGAGCCUGGGGGACCUUGGGGUCCGUGUUUGGAGAGAUCCUCUAGAUGACUGGAGAAGGACUUAGUUGCAUGGUUUAGAGAUGAGCCCUGUGUCCUUGGCCAGUGAAGCACUGUAGACCCCUGGGUCUUUGGCAAUCCUAGAAUCUGCCCCCCAUUGGGCCUCUACUGCUCAGACUAUGGACACAGAGCUCCCUGUUCGGGGUCUCAGUUGUUCCAUAUGUGAGAUGAAGUGGCUUCAAAAGCUUCUCCAAUCUCUGCACUUCAGCAAUUGUUGCUUUCAAAGCUAAGCAGAUAAAAGGGCAUGCAUCAUUGUUAAUACGUAUCAUCUAAGGCUUUGAAGUGUAUGUGUUCGUGUAUAUGUGGUGGGAAGGGAGAACGCCGUUUAUUUUCCCUUUCUUAGAAAGGAAACUUCUGUCUCUUCCACUGGGACACCGUAGUGGAAGCUGGUGGGCUGGAGGGAGGGAUCAUGCCAGGGACAGUUGGACAGGGGCCUCGGGCAUGAUGUGUAGAUCCAGCCAUGUCCCUAGCCUGGGCAGGGUGCCAAGGCUGCUUGGACAGUGGCUACCUCCAGAUCCUAGGAGCGGUGCCCUGAGUGGACCUCAUUCCUUUGUCCCAGUCCCCACCAGCAGCUCUGCUUCACUGUGGAAAAAGAGACUUUGAUUUUAUACAGAUAUCCUCAUAAAACAGCAAAGACAUCAUCAGCUUAGAAUCCUAUGGGCUGUGUUGCCACCUGAGCCCUGGGGUGCAUCCUUGUAGAGGUUCCGGGUUCCUGUUGGUUUGUUGGUUUAUAUUUCUAUCUGGAUGAAAUAUUGUCCAUCUUGUGAACAGAUGUACCCCAUGUAUUUUGAAUGUUCCAGAAGGUUAAGCAGCUGGCCUGCAGGGUCAUAGGCAGUGGGCGGGGGGAGGGGGAUGGAUAGCAUAAGGUCUGGACAAAACCUUUCCCUCUCUGAGUCUUUGUUUUCAAAUCUGUAAAAUGGGCAGUAGGACUAGGUGAUCUGUAGAGCCCAUUGCAUCUCUGGAAUUCUCUGUCUAAACACCAGCCAUCUACUUACUGGGAAUGGGCUUCAGGCUACAUUUGCCUCCCCGGGAAGGGGUAAGAAAGAGUUGUGAGCUGGGAGGGGUUUGAGGUCUUCAGGAAUGGUCAUUCUGGAGAGGAACAGAGUUCUCCAUCUUCAUGACUCUAGAAGAUAAUUACCAGGAGGGUUUUUUUUUUCUAAUUUUAUGCAAUCCUAAAGGUCAAUAGUCACCCAGGGGAGGCUGAGUUCUUGGAAUGAAGAGAUUUUUCAGAUUCUUUUAUGAAUGCUCUGCCAUGGGACAGGCCAUGUUAGAAGAGAGUCUCCAACCCCGGCGGAAGUAGGAAUCCAAGUUAGGGAUGCUGAGGCUGCCAAGGAACCUGUGAGAGGACAGAGUGUGCGAUUUGGGGAUGGGAGGGGGUUCAGUAGCUUCUUGGUGGUCCCCGCACUGGGGGCUUCUUAACUCCCUACCAUACGUGAGGCUAGGCCACGUUUUCUGUCUCAUUGGGUGGCCCUGUGACUCUCCUUGACCUAGCCGGUGGUCUGCAGUGAUUCCUCUUCUUACCCUCACUUCUUCCCAAACCAGCUUCUGGGAACCGGGAGCUGGAGCCGGGCCCAAGGCUUGAAAUACACAUCAUCACCCACGAAGUGUUCUGACUCACCUCCUCCCUCUGACCAUUGCCCUUCCUGAAAGGAAAGCUAGCAGAAGCUUCCUUUGUGAUUCUGUGAGUACCCUUGAUCCCCUCAAGACCACUCCAAAGUGAAAGCAGUGAGUGCUUUGCCAUCAUAAAUUCCUCCUUGAGCUCAGGGACCAUGGAAGCCUGCGAGGAGGUCUCUGAGCCAGGAGUGGGGAACCUGGACUUCUCUCAGCUUUGCCAGUGACCUGCUGUUUGGCCUUGACCCCUUCCCCGUAUUUCUUUAGGGAGACUCACAAAGCACUAGAGCUUGGAAGAAAAACAGAGAUCUGCAGGUCAAACCUCCCCAUUGGGCUGAUGAGAAAUCCCUUACUGGCAGGUUUAGCACAGUGCCUGUACUGUGCUGGGAUCCAAGAUGCUUCACAAGCCUGAAUGAGGCAAGGGGCCCACCAGCAUGUGCCCAGCCCUGCAUGUGAGCCCAACGAGAGCAUCCAUAUAGAAAAUAUUCAGACACGUGCAAGAAAGUGGCUCUGGCUACCGAAGUGUUUAGGAUUUCAAAUCGCAGGAAGAGCAAUAGAGUCAGUAUAGGAUGGGGAGAACCGUGUUCUAGCCUGGGAUUUUCUUGGAGUCUUGUGCCCCAAGACUCAGCCUCUCUGAGCCUCUGCUUCCUAAUCCGAGAAAUGGGAGGACAUGAUUUGCAGUCUGCUCCCCAGCCCAGAGAUGAGGUUGAAGUGAGAUAUCCUUGUGUGUAAAAGGGCUUUGGAUACUACACAGGUAUGGGCUGGUACUGGGGUGAAGACCCCUGAAAGGGACCCUGUGCUAUUUGUCAACUGCUUUGAGCCAUCCUGGGUUAACCUUUGCUCCAUUUGUAAAACCACCAGCACUGGGGGCAAGAGGGAGGCCAGUGGGCUGUGAGGGACACAGGGUUCCAGGCUUAUCUCUGUCAAUGGAUUCAGUUUGCUCUUGGACUUAGGAUGGGGAGAAUUUCACGUGGGUGGUGAUUUCCCUGUCACCUCCAUGGGAAUCCUUCAAGGUUCUGGGACAUUCCUCAAGUGGGCUAUGGGCUCUUUUAUUCUUUCCCUAAAUAUGUGAGGUCCUGGGAUGUGUCUGUGCUUGGCCAUUUGUGUCUUGUCUUAUGUCUGUGUUGUGUGGUUUGCCCCUGCCGAGGGCUGAAGUGGGGCAGUCCCCAGCAUCCCAGACGUGGCUCUAGGCUCACUUAUGGAACCAGACCCCCGCUCCCAUAUUUCAUCUCCCACAAUAAAGAUAAACCCCAAGACCUCACUGCUACUGCUGCCGCCGUUAACGCUGUGCUCACGAUCUUGUCUGGGAUUUUAAGGAUGUCACCGUGCUGUAGAUGACUCAAUAAAUGUCUUAUCAUUUUUC